AUGCAAGUAGCAGAAAUCCUAUCAGACAUAAAUUCCCUCCGCGUCUGUGGCCACAAUGAGGCACUCGCCUUAGUCAAUGUGCAUAAAAAUAUCGCAAGCUCAGAAUCUGCCGAGGCUUCCAGCGCGUCAACUGAUAAAGAUGAUCUCCGUCGUGCAAAGGAGCUGGUUGAGUUACAUUACGAAGUUAAAGCACGCCACGCCAAUGGCACAGUGGAUGAGGAGCUGAGCCGUGCUCGCGAGGAUGUCCGACGUGUUCUAAGAGAGUUAUCGACUGUGUGA